UGCGCCGCAGCCUGUGCCGCUGACUACACUCUCCCUCCUCUCUCAUUCUGUCAGUCUCUCACUCUGCAGUCUCUCUCUCUCAUUCACACACACCCUCACACAGUACCUCAUUCCUUCGCACCGCCGCAGACAUGGCUGAAGCUUUCGUUGGCACAUGGAACCUCAAGACGAGCGAAAAGUUCGACGACUACAUGAAGGAGCUGGGUGUGGGCUUCGCUACACGUAAGGUGGGCGGCAUGACCAAGCCCACCACCCUCAUCUCGGUUGAUGGCAACACGGUGACGCUGAAGACCCAGAGCACCAUCAAGAACACAGAGAUCUCCUUCAAGCUUGGAGAGGAGUUCGACGAAACCACCGCCGAUGACAGGAAGGUUAAGUCCAUUGUAACAAUAGAGGAUGGGAAGCUGGUGCACAUACAGAGGUGGGACGGCAGAGAGACCAGCCUGGUCCGGGAAGUCAACGGCAAUGCCCUCACGCUGACACUCAAACUCGGAGACGUCGUUUGCACACGUCACUAUGAGCGGGCAGAGUAACACCCAACACUGAAACCACCCUGCAGCAUCUACCUGCAUCAGCUAAAGCCCUGCAUCCUAAAACUCCUAAAACCACCUCAACCCAGGCCGAGCAAACCUCUCGACAUCUCUUCAUACUGUACGCCCAGUAUUAACAUUAAUGAUGACUGUGACCUCCCCUCUCUGCCCAUCCCUCUCUUUAUACUGUUGUUCCUUCUACUGUAAGAAACACUGAAUAAAUUCCAAUGAUUUGUUGUUUUUGUCUAAAAACAAAUGCAGGUCUGCAUAUUUUGUUUUGUUUUUUUUAGAAAAUGUGUUAUGCAUGGUGCCUAUGAUAAACUUGGACAAGUGUUUGAAUUUACAAGUUUGCCUAUUGAGACCUGGAAAAAUUCAAAUAAAAGUGUCUACACUGUUAAAGUGGUAAAACAACGAAAA